AUGGAGCCCGGGUGGAGGGAAAGAAGAAAUCUGGAGCGACUAAUGAGACAAAGAGGAGCUGGACGUCCAGUUCUAUCCGACGGCUUUGUAAUACGGCCCGUCGGGGGUGUCUCCACUGCCUCGGUGGGAGAGGCAGUACCCCCUCCCGCACCCCCGAAGGCCACUUCACCAUCAACAAGACAAGUCCCGCCGCGGCGGACAAGCCCUCGGACAAACCCACCAUUAUUGGACCCAGCCGGAGCAGCUCGCGAAGUAAUACGCCCUUCCCCACUCCACGAAGAAGCUUCUGUUCCCCUCGAUAAGCCAAAUGUAACGGGAAAGUCACCGCCCCGCGGUAGAACACCGGUAUCAUCUGAUGCGCCGGCGCUACCAAUUAUUACCACUACUCGGACAUCAGCUGUGGCAGCAGUCACGCCAAUUGCACGCGGGAAGAGAACCAGACAACCAAGUCCUGAUAAAUUCCUUACCACUCCCGAGGCCGAUGGGAUUACACAGCGGCGCCUCAAUGCAGCUGCGGAGAGGCGGCAGGAGAGGCUUGCUAUGAGGCAGAGGGGUGCUGGAACGCGUAAAGUCGCAGAUAUCGGAUUCACAAUCCAGCCACUGCAGCCAGUUGCAAAAAUCCCGGCUGUCAGGGAGAAGGAAAGCGUCGAGGCCGAAAAAGAAUUGGUCGAAGAGGCAGAGGUACAGGUGCAGAAACAAGUGUUGAUGGAAAUUGACGGAUUAGGGGACUCGACAUAUGAAGGGGGAGAAGCUGAUGCGGAAGAGGAAGAGGAAGAUAAACAGAAUGAGGCGGGAGAGGAAACAGAAUCAGAGGACGAACAACAGAAGCUAAUGGAAGAUCAAACAAUUGAAAUGGACAUUGAAGAGCCGACACAAGAAGCGGAUGAAUCAAUGAUCCAGCAGAUAGUACCAGGAGAUGAUGAGAAGUCUCGAAAUGACGCUCUUGUAGUCCCUGUAAUAAGUCCGGGGAGCCGAAAUAAACGGAGGAAGGUCAUUCUAGAAGAUGAGGAUCAACCUGGGCAAAUCGAAGACGAACUCCAGCCAUUCCAAAACAUGGCGCACGAUCCAGCUGAAAAGGCGGGGAAAGAAACACCUUCGGAAACAGGGGCAAAACGGAAAAGACAGCUUAUUGGUAAGAAACCAGCACCUCCUCGAAUCCCUAUCGACGAGGAAGACGAGGAGGAGGAGGAGGAGGAAGAAGAAGAAGAAGAGGGGGAGGCAAAUAGGCUGAGUCAGGGGCAGCAGCUUGAGCCCAGCGACCUAUCCGACUCUGGUGGGGAAGCCGAUUCAGAUGUAGAAUCUCUUUCCAAAUCCCGCAAGAACUCCUCUACCCAGCCACAGAAACAGCCCAAACCGAAGCAAUCCAAGCCCCGCCCACCCCGGGAAGAGGGCGAAACCCAAACGUACCCAGUUAUCGUUCACCGCCUAUCAAAGUCAGCCUCGUAUGCGCUACCCCCCGGGUCCAAUCGUGGUGGCGUAAACCCCGUCGAUGUGAUCAACCAGGUGGCUGGAGAAAUUCUAGACAAAUACUGGGAAAAGUACGCCAAAAGCAACCUCGAGAAAAUGACUAUUGCUGCGUUCAAAGAGGAGUUCAGUUGCAGACUUCUUGAAGUCACCGAUGAGCUCGAGAGGUGUAUUAGUCUUACUAUGAGAGUGAGGCAGGCACAGAAGAGAAAAGCACAGCUGGUGGCCGAAUUGUUGGAAACUAAGAGGCAGAGGGGUAAAGUUGCGGUGAAGAUGGAUGAUGUGAGGAAGGCGCAUGAGAUGGCCGUUAAGAGUGCUGAGACUCAAAACCAUAUCUCGCAAACCUUCGCAGAUGUAACCCACACCAUCGAACGAGGAAAGGCACGAGAACCGGAUGAACUAGAAGAAGGGAUGGAGGGCCUAGAAGCCAUGAUCAGAACAGUUGCAGCCGCAGUGACGGGUGGUGGAAGCGAAGGGACGGGGACAUUGGCAACAGUGGUGGAGUUUAAUAGGUUCUUGGAGAGGGCCGAGGCCGUGUUAAGAGAGAGGAGAUAUUAG